CUCAAACUUCUGGCCAACAGCUGCCCCGCCACGCCCGAAGCACUGCCCGCCGCACUGCCCGCACACUAUUAACGAACACACGGCUGCCCUACAACGCCGGAGGACAACUGCCCUCCCGGCUGAUCCCACAACAAUGGAAAGCCUAAAACAACGAAUGCAGACACGCGAUGAUGCGACGCCGCCCCCACCGCCCGCACAAGCAAAAGCCACGACAACCGUAGCUGCCCGCGUCCGCCCCUGGCUCACCGCACUGGAUGGCCCGAACGACAUCGCGUCCACGAGCGCCGUGAGCGCGACGGGCGUCCGCGUGCGCGCCCCGGGCGACGCGGGCCGCGGGCGCGGCUUCAGAUUGCACCACGCCGUCAGCGCGGACGACCCGACGUUCUGCGAGACGGUCAUAGCGCCGCUCGCCGACCUCGCUUCGCGAGGCGGCACGGCCUGCGUCGUGUUUUACGGCGCGUCCGGCGCGGGCAAGACGCACUCCGCGCGUGCAGCGCAGCGGUUUGCCGCUGAGCAGCUCCUCAAAAGCAGCUCAGUGGAUGUGUCCUUCCUCGAGAUCGCUGGUGAAAGUUGCUGCGACCUGCUGAAGGAUCGUGAAACAGUCAAGCUCCUGGCGGAUAGUAGUGGAACAAUCCAGCCCGUCGGCCUCUCGAAGAACCAAUGUGCUUCGCUGGACGACUUCGACGCGAAGACAAAGAAUGCGAAUAAGCUACGAGCCACGGCGGCCACGGAGCGGAACAGCGUCUCGUCGCGAAGCCACGCCGUCUGCCAGCUCAAGAUAAAGGGAGGAGGCCGGCUGAGGCUCGUUGAUUUGGCGGGCUCGGAGCGGCUGAAAGCCGGCGCCGAGAACUACUCGGACGAGCGACUGCGCGAGGCCCAGGAGAUCAAUUCUUCUUUAUCAUGUUUGAACGAGUGUCUGCGGGCGCGGUUACGAGGCGACAAGCACGUGCCCUACCGCCGCGCGAAGAUCACGCUGCUUUUGAGAGAUGCCCUGGAGGUCGACGGCGCGACGUCCACGGCCUUCGUCGCCUGCGUGUCUCCAAGUCCAGCAACGGCAACCGAAUCAAAACGGACGCUCGAGUACGCCGCCGCCACUCUCGAGGCUUCCGAGCUCGCGCGGCAGCGGAAGCAGUUCAAGGGCCCCGAGAAGUGGUCCUCGAAGGAGUGCGAGAAGUGGUGCCUCGAGUUCGACGGCGGGAAAUACGCGAAGCUGGCCCCCGCGUUCUGUAAGUCGGGCAAGACGCUGGCCGUGAUCUACCGCGGUGAUCUACUAAGGCAGGUCGAGGCGCUCGGCGGCUCCGAGGCCGACUGCGAGGUCCUGUACAUGGCGUUCAGAAAACUAGUCAAGGACGCGAAGAAAAAGCCGGUCAAACGGUCCGCCGUCGCGCUGAAGAUGGCGCGCGACGCGCAGCUGCUCAAGGCCAAUCGGGAGCGCGCGACGGCCUCGGAUCGGUUCGGCGGCGCGGGGCAGGACGAAUUGCAAGCUCUCGCGGAGAAGCAUGAGAGCUUGAACCUGGGGUGAGUGUGUUUGUAUCGAUCGCUUUCGUUCGUGGGAU